AUGGGGGCGUAUGAUGCUCUCGGCCGUAAGGCCGCGACACUCAAGUUCGACAGCGUAAAGGCGCACACCGAGAGUGCACGAAGUGCCGACUGUCGAUGGCGGACGACGGCAAGCGUGGCUCGAGAAGAACAACUCAUGGCUGAGAAUGAAGAGCUGGGAGGCCAGGUGGAGUCCAAGGCUACCUUGUUCAGGGUCAGCGAACAAAAGAUUCGCGACUUGGAGAGGGAGCUGAAACGUCUCCGCUCACAAACAGGUGUACCAAGGACGGUUCUUCCCGCGGACGACCCUUUUGGAUCUUCAAACACGACGCCAGAUGGGGUGGACUUUGGCAACAAUGACGCUUCCAACUGCCGCGUUGUUCUCUUGUCUGAUGCCGAGACCAUGGCCAAGGCAUUCGAGGUGCCUCGUCUCCAAGAGACGGCCAAUUUUGGGUACGAAUUCCACCACAUGCUGCCUCGUAAGAACGAGCAGAGGCCUAUGUAUCAGCGCUAUGUUUAG